CAAUUCAAUCCUAUCAGAUGUGAAGCAAGCUCUGUACUAUCGGCAACAUUCAGUGAAUAUAACCUCGGCUCAAUGUCCAUGGGGAUAGGAUGUAUUCUAAUAACGGUCGUUUGUUUAACGGGUGUUGCAAUGAAUAGUUCACGUGCUAUUUUCAACAACCGGGAUAUUGGAAAUUGGAAGACCAUUCAAAUUUUUUCAUGGAUUGGAAUCGUGCUUUUAGCAAUCGUCAUGUUUGCUAGCAGCUACGUUGAAGAGGAGCAUCAAUUUUGGUAUUUUUGGACGCAGACAAUGUGGGUCAUAUGGUUACAUGACAGCCUCAAAAAUAAUAUAGACAAGAAAUCGUUCAUCUUCUGUAUCGGUCAGAUGCUUCUUGUACGUUUGAUACGCACAUGGAAUCAGACGGGUCAGAAGUACGCGGGGUUAAUAGACCUGAAAUACUAUCUAAAUUCAUCGUAUGCACCUGCAAUGUGGUUUAUGGUUUUUAUAGUCAUCAUUGGACUUUUCUUAAUCACGCUCAAGGAAAUAUGGAAUUUGGCAAAUGUCAGGUCUCACAAGAUAUUAAUAAUGCUGCAAUGUCUGGCUUCGUUGCUGGUUCUCCUGACGACAGUACUGAUAGUCGAAUACAAGCUAGACAUGGAUGGCGGCAGGGCUGUGAUGCCCGCGUUUUGUCUGCCAUUCUCGCGAUUUGCUGGCCUUUAUUUGAAACCGUUUGCGGUUGCAAGACUUGCAUAUGCUGCGCUACUAUGUCUCGUAGGAGUCGCUAUAGUAACCGAUAUUAUUUAUAACAAAGCUUUGACCAGUGCGCAGAAAGGCCAAACCACACUACCGACGAUCCUGCUAUGUUCGGUAACAUAUCUUGUUAUACUUCUUGCCAGACCACAUAAUGUUAUACUUUUUGCGCUAUUUGCGAUGCAAAUGAAGCUCUGGAUAUUAUGGCAACAAAAAAUAUUAUCCUCCGAAUCACCGUCACCAAAAUUUGCUAAUCAUUUCACUCUUAUUGUGUUGGAGCACAUGUCAUUCUUUGCCCUCGGCAAUUCAAAUUCCUUGGCGUCAAUAGACAUCAGUCAUGCCUACACAGGUGUUAAUAGAUAUGAUGAAGUUACGGUUGGUCUUUUGACAUUCAUUGCCAAUUGGGCUGGACCUAUUUGGUGGGCAUUUGCUGGGAUCGUGAUCCAUAACCAAGUAUUUAAUGUAGACAAAAUAGCCAGCAAAGAAAAAGACUCUAUUAGAAAUAAUUUAUUUGGGCGAACGUUGUUGGAGUACUUGUUUGAUUCGACAUUGUUCUAUAGCAUCGUGUUGUUAUCAUUAUCGAUUGCUGUAACCAUUUUAAAAACCCAUCUGUUCAUUUGGACGGUAUUUUCACCAAAGUAUUUGUACCAAAUGAUAUGGAACGUGCUAUUCCAUUUCUUUGUGGAGGUUUGUGGAGGUGUAUUAGUCAAUAUGUUAUUAAUGAAAUAG